ACGAAAGUAGGUUACGUACGCACAUGCGCACAAGUGCCGUAAUUUGUUGAUAUCCUGCUCUGUACUACUCAUUUAAGAUUUAAACAUUCUAUAGCUAAUAAUACAGCCAACUAUAUGGGGUGCGGUUUGUGGUGCAUGGCAUAUAUAAUCUGAAUGUUGCCUAUAUGAAGGGCUGAUGGAAGACACACGGGAUUUGGCUGAGCGCACUCCUCGUUCGGAGCGUAAACGGAGAGACUCCUUCGGGAUGUUUGAUGGCUACGACAGCUGCAGUGAGGAGUCAACCAGCAGCUCCGAGGACAGUGAGGAUGAAGUUGUGCCUUCUAUCCCGGCUAAUCUGCCCAUCAUCAAGAAUAAUGGACAGGUGUACACCUACCCUGAUGGCAAGGCGGGAAUGGCCACCUGUGAGAUGUGUGGGAUGGUUGGAGUGCGGGAUGCAUUCUACUCAAAAACCAAGCGCUUCUGCAGCGUCUCAUGUUCCAGAAGUUACUCCUCAAAUUCUAAAAAAGCCAGCAUUUUGGCCAGACUCCAGGGCAAGCCACCAACAAAGAAGGCAAAAGUCUUACAGAAGCAACCUCUUAUGGCAAAGCUGGCUGCCUACGCUCAAUAUCAAGCAAGUCAACAGAACCAGGCCAAGUCAAAAGCCGUUGUAGCAGCAGACAGCUUUGACUGGGGACACUACAUCUGUAACAAUAACACAGAAGGAGCCCCUGUCAGCUGUUUUAAACAUGCCCCCAUGGGGAUGUGUUGGGGAGGCAUUGCAGAAGGAGUGAGGCUAGAGGUCAUCAACUCUGAUACCAGUCUCUCCACUAAAGUCUACUGGAUCGCAGAGAUCAUCAAGCUAGCAGGCUUCAAGGCGUUGCUUCGCUAUGAGGGUUUUGAUGGGGACAACAGUAAAGACUUUUGGUGUAAUCUCUGUAUUCCUGAGGUGCACCCUGUUGGAUGGUGCGCCUCCAGCAGCAAACCCCUUGUACCUCCUAAAAGUAUUCAACACAAAUACUCAAACUGGAAGGCCAUUUUGGUAAAGCGUCUCACUGGAGCAAAAACACUGCCACCAGACUUCAACACCAAGGUUCACGAGAACAUGCAGUUCCCUUUUAAGAAGCUGAUGCGUGUGGAAGUGGUGGAUAAGAACUAUCUGUGCCGAACGCGGGUGGCUCUGGUGGAGCAGGUGAUUGGGGGUCGUCUGCGGCUCGUUUACGAGGAGAGCGAGGAUGGCUCUGAUGACUUCUGGUGCCACAUGUAUAGUCCACUGAUCCACAACAUCGGCUGGUCCCGCUCAAUCGGUCACCGCUUCAAACGCUCCGAUGUUACAAAGAAAAUGGAUGGUCAGCGGGAUGCUCCACCACAGCUCUUUCAAAAGGUCAAAGAUGUGGAUCAAAGUGGAGAGUGGUUUAAAGAUGGGAUGAAGUUGGAAGCUAUCGACCCACUCAACCUCUCGGCCAUCUGUGUAGCCACUGUCAGAAAGGUGCUGGCAGAUGGUUAUGUGAUGAUCGGAAUAGAUGGCUCAGAGGCACUGGACGGGUCCGAUUGGUUCUGUUAUCACGGCACGUCCCCCUCCAUUUUCCCUGCCGGCUUCUGUGAAAUCAAUGAGAUCGAUCUCACACCCCCAAGAGGGUACACUAAACUGCCAUUUAAAUGGUUUGACUACCUCAGAGAAACAGGUUCCAUAGCUGCUCCAGUCAAGCUCUUUAACAAGGAGGUGCCCAACCACGGCUUUCGACAGGGCAUGAAGCUGGAGGCGGUGGAUCUGAUGGAGCCGAGGCUGGUGUGUGUUGCCACGGUAACCAGGAUUGUGCAUCGUUUACUGAGAAUCCACUUUGACGGCUGGGAGGAUGAGUAUGACCAGUGGGUGGACUGUGAAUCUCCGGACCUGUACCCUGUAGGCUGGUGUCAACUGACAGGGUACCAGCUGCAGCCCCCCGCCGCACAGAGUAACAGAGACGUUGCUGCGUCUGUACCCAAGCAGAAAAAGAAAGCUCCUCAGUACAAAGGCCAAAAGAAAAAGUCCACACUGCGCAUGAAGGAGGAGGCCGCCGAGGUGGACGACUUCACUUUCUCCCAGACCAUCUCAGACCAGGAGAGCAAUGGCUCGGGCAGCUACUACAUCAAACAGGAGCCCUAAGGCGAGCAGGCAGCCCACCACACAGAGGCCAGCCUAGCAGACUCUACGCAGGCGGGCGGUCCUCUGCUGGUGAAUGGUGGACCAAUAAGAACAAGGCUUCGAACAAAAGCGGGUUUCUCCGUCAGCCUCUGGAGACCUGUCCAAACUGUGAGGAUCAUCUUUUGAGCCAGCUCUUCACUUUUGUUUUUUACAUUUGUCUCGUCAGGUCCGGAGUCAGACACACAGGAUUCCCUUUGGUCAGAGCAGAGUAGGAGCUGACACUUGUGCAUAUUUUGUUUUCUUAUGGACUAUAUUGCCUGAUGGACUAUUGUUUUGUUCAUAGUACUUGAAUAUCUUUUGUAAUGAUUCAUUUUGUCCUGACGUUAUUUUACAUGACUUUUGUGGCUGUGUGAGAGAAGCUCCAUGUUUCUUAAAGAUGAUUCUAUUCACAAAGUUUAUGUAUUCAGAUUGAACUAUUGACCCUUUAAAAGUUUCUAAGCAAAAACAUUCUUAUUCCAGAACAGAGGCCCCUAGAUGCAAAGGUGAAGUGGAACAGGUGAUUUCAACUGAGAAACCACAGACUAUCAUAAAAUAUAAACAAUUUUGGUAAAUGACAUUGAGUAUUUUUUGAUCAAGGCAAAAUCCUAUUUUUUUAGGACAAAUACUACUCCACAAUAGUUUUGAAUAUUCUCCACCAAUAUCUCACAUCCUUUACCACAAACUAUGCUUCUUGUGGACUCUAAAUACGAUUUUGAGGCUAGGAAAAGUUCUUCUUUUUUGUAAUUUGAAAAUCAAACUGACAUUUCUUCAGAAGAUUUAAAAUCAUUGACAGGGUAUUUUGGUCCAGUUCACUGUUGCCUCUGGUCACCUCCAUUCUGUGCUUUUGAACAUUGUGAGGACAUAGCAUUUAAAGGGUCUAUAGACUACAGGCAUUACAGCAUGUGAUGUAAGAACAAAGCUGCUCAUCUUCAUCAACAGUUUCUUUUUGUUCCAAGUCUGUUGCAUCUUUCUGAACAAACAUGACGGCACAAAAAUCUGUGGACAUCUGAAAACUUUAGCUUCCAGACAAAUCAACUGCCACGAUAUCAGACCAGAGGAAUGCUCUUCUAAUUAUUCAUAGUUUUAUUAACCUACGCUGCCACUCGCAAAUUCUUGAGAGAUUUUUGGGAGUCUUGCUUUAUAAAAACAUGAUUAUGUCUUCAAAUUAUACGGAAAAUCUAAAUCUAACUCAUUUUCUAUUUUGCACAAUUUGAAACUUGCAAUUAAAGUGUGAGUGGGCCUUCUUGUGACUCCUUAAAGUCCUUAAAUGUCCCAGUGAAAGGAGCACUGCCCUGUUUAUUCAUGUUGGUCAGAGAUGCUAAAGGCUAAGUGCGGCACAUGACAUGUUUGUUGUUGGCAGAUGGUGAUAGCGUAACCUUACUGGUGUGAUAAGGACCUCUGAUUCUACAGAACUCUUUCAUGUCCACACUACGGCAGGCAAGGGAGGACAAUUACCCUGGUCUCAAGUGUGUCACAACUGGUUAAAUGAUGCAGAAUCUAUGACAUUUUGUUAAGUGCUGACCAACCAUUUAUAGGGGUUGUGAGCAGAAAACCUAGUUUGCUGUCACAUGCCAAAGUGCAAGGUGGUAAUUGUUGAAGUAACAAAAAAAAUUUGUGAAGCAUUUUCUUCAAAUUAACACUAAAAUAAGUUCUCAUUAUAUUUAAAUAAUACAACAUAUUUAAUCUAUCUUAACACCAAAUCUAAAGUGACACACUGGAGACAUUGGCAGCAUUCACAUGUGUAGCAUUCACAUAUUUUUCAAUAGAAAUGCAAAAACUAAGGGGAGGAAUUUAGUGGGCGUUUUUCAUAUGGGUGCCACGUGUAUGCAAGCUAGAUUCAAAGCUGAGCCACAGAAUUACAGCUUGGUUAAUAAUGAACAAUGCACUGCUUUUUCUAUAGUUAUGGCAGCAUUCAUAAUAUACUGUUAAAUACUGGGCUUAAAUAGAGUCAUAUAUAAAAAGUAUAAAAAUAUAGAAUACAUUUUUGACUGUGAUGGUAUGGAGAAAACUAUAGUGUGAUCUCUGCAGCUGUUUUGUACUACCUCUGAUUGCUAGCCACAAGCUAAAUGUGUGUGUUGGCAUAUGCAAAAAAAAAAAAAAAAAACAUAUAACAUAACGCCAAAACAACAAAUUGUAUGACAGCACAUGAGGUAGUCGUGAAAUCUGAUACAACAUUAACAUAUGCAAUAAGUAGAGAUUUCAGAGUUUAUCAAGAUUUAUCCAGAUGAUGUAAUAAAUAAAUGUUGGACAAAUGUAUUUUAUUGGCGGCAGAAGAUGCUAAGAAAUCCUAUCUCUACCAGUAAGGUUUCCUCAUUCAAUUCUCAGGAAGAUUUCUUUGUUACAUUGGCUCAAAUGAUCACGUGCAUCUGUUCUAUGGAGUUAUAUGUAAGCUACGUAAAAUUUAUAAAAAAGACUUUUAUAGAAGUGAUAAUGAUGAUGUAUUAAAGAUGUUUUGUGUUUGUUAUUUGA